AUGGCUAUGGCAUACUUGGAUAUCAAGGAUCUAAAAUACUUGACUCUCUUCAGUUUGUUUCAACAGGAAGAAUGGAUGGAAUUCACACCAUAUGAAGUUGGAUUCCAAAAAUAUGGUGCCUACAUUCGUCCUGAACACUUUGGUAGCAAGUUCUUCAUGGGACACUUGAUGGAGAAAAUCCCAGAAUCACGUAUCUGCUUUUUAGAAGGAAUCUGGAGUAGUGUGUUUUCUCUGAACAUUAUGGAUGGCUGGUACCAGGCUACCACUUCAGAAGAUUUUUGGCAGAUCUGGACACGAGACAGAAUAACUGAUUUGGAAGAGCUUACUGGUCGUCCAGAAAGGUAUAAACUACCUGUUCGAGUCCAGUGUCCUCCAGGAAGCCUUGCCAGCAUUUUUCAAGAUGUUAUUAUGUGGCGACCUGCUGUGUCAUUGAUUCCCAAUUUCCUAAGAGGCUGCCCAAUGCACAACAAGUAUUUAGAGAGUGGAUUUGCAAACUGGAAAGAUUGUGAUCUUGACAGUUUUCCUAACCAGCUAAUUGGAGCUGAAGAGCAUCUGUAUCUGGUGGAUAAUGCAUUUGCCCUCGACACCAGCUAUCCCCCACUUAUGAGGCCAGAGAGAAAAGUGGACGUCUUCAUACAUUUAAAUUAUAGCUCAGGUUCACAAUUACGGCCUCUGCAAAUGGCCUCAGAUUAUUUCUCAGAACAAGGAAUUCCUUUUCCUAGAAUUAUCCCACAGGAACAAGAUGAAAAAGAUGUAAAGGAAUGCUAUUUGCUAGGAGAACAAGAAGGUCCAAAUAUUCCAUUAGUUCUCCUAUACCCCCUGGUUUGUAAUACCUUCCAAAAUUAUAAAGAACCUGGUGUGAAGCGUAGUCCUGAAGAGAUGAAUGAUGGUGAUAUUGAUGUGACAAGUACCUUUGGUCCUUAUAAUGUUUAUGCUUUGGAAUAUUCAGAUGAAGAUUUUGAGAAACUAGUAAAACUGAGCCAGUACAACAUCCAAAAUAACAAAAAUACUUUGAUUCAUGCUUUACGGUUAGCUGUGGAACGGAAAAAACAGUAUAAGAGGAACCUUCAUAUGCUGUGAUCUAAAACUUUUUUGGGGGAGGGGGAGAGUACCUCAGUUGCCCCUGCAUUACAGAACAAAUCAUUUCGUUCCAGAAAGAAAGUAAGAUAAAAUAAUGAAAAGAAUAUUUAAGAUCCUGGAUAUGGAGGAAAAAAAUUGCUGCUUUUAUGAAAAUGAAUAAAUUGUAAAACCUGAAAUGCUCUUUUAAUGAAUUUUAGUUGUCUUUUGGCAACAAAGGCACAGUGACAGAGUAAAACAAGGAUACAGAACUUUCUACACUGAUAAAUUUGGAAGGUCAUCUGAACAAGCGCAAAAAAAUGUCCUAUGAAAAAUGUUGUUUGUGCCUUGUAAUGUUGCUGUUUAUAGGUUUUAUGCAAAAAGUGGUUUUCUCUUUGAAACAUUUCCAUUUCUAUUGUGAUAUGCAUUUUUUCUUUGUUUCUGUAACAAAAAAUGGUAUGAACAAUAUAUGAGAACGUCUUUCAUACAAGUUA